AUGGCUGUGAUAUGGCGUGCGCGUUAUAUUCUAUGUGUGAUAUUGUUUGUUGUUACGUUAGACAUCAACGCGUACGGCUCUAGAGAUUGUGGCGUCCCCCUACGAAGGCACACGAGACAACCUCGGGAGCGGUCAGCGGGGCAGCUAAGGAUCAUCAAGGGAAGGGAGUCCAAAAGGGGAGCCUGGCCCUGGCAGGUAUCCUUGCAGCUGCUGCACCCGAGCUACGGGCUGAUCGGUCACUGGUGUGGCGGAGUACUUAUCCACCCACAGUGGCUGCUCACCACCGCGCACUGCGUACAUAAUGAGCUGUUCAAUUUACCAGUGCCGGAGUUGUGGACCGCGGUACUUGGUGAAUGGGACAGAGCGGAGCAGCGUGGCGCGUAUAUGCCAAUACAGAAGAUCAUUCUGCAUCACCGCUUCCACAACUAUCAGCAUGACAUAGCCCUAAUGAAAAUGACAAAAGCAGCUGAUGUGAGUCCUGGCAGCAAAAUAAAAACAAUUUGUCUUCCACCAGAUGAAACGUUUAUCGCUGAUCCAACAGAAAGAUAUUCUAUGAGACCGGACAUUGAAAGAAUCAAAAAACCUAAACCUAAACCGAAUCCGGCAACCGCUUCGAAAUAUUUGGAAAAACUUAACAAUCUCACCAAAAGUAUAUUUCCUGAUUUAUUGAAUAAGAAACAUAAGAAUACAAGAUAUAAUGUCAGAAUAUCAGAUGACUCUAGUAUAGAAAGAGAAAAUAAUGAAGCUAAACUAAGACUUAAUGAUGAGAGUAGAGGAGACAAAACGUAUGAUAGUGCGACAUUAGAUAGCGUAGUUAAAUUAAUAAAGAGAGGCAAUUCUAAUGAGAGGAGUGAUAAAAAACUGAUGUUUGGAGAAGAAAUCGAUCCAUUUAUAGAUAACAAUGGGCUUGACUAUAGAGAUGAAUGCUAUACGACAGGCUGGGGAAGGGAACAGACUAAUGGUACUUUAACAGAUGUUUUGUUAGAAGCUGAGGUUCCUAUCCUUCCAUUGCAGUUGUGUAGAGAAAGAUACUCUUUAAGUUUGCCAUUGAACGAUGGCCAUUUGUGUGCUGGAAGCACGGACGGAAGUACAGGGGCUUGCGUGGGUGACAGCGGUGGACCCUUGCAGUGUCGUGUCGGUGGUCGUUGGGAGCUUCGUGGUCUAACGUCAUUUGGCUCAGGAUGCGCGCGGCGCGGCGUACCUGAUGUCUACACCAACGUCGCACACUAUGUACCCUGGAUACAGACCCAUCUUAUCACCAGCUGAUAGGUAACGUCCUGAUAAUGAACCAUGAAAUUUUUGUUGAUCUGAUUCUGGAAGUUUGCUUG